AUGGCCACAAAUAUUUCCCAAAUAUGUAAGGUAUUUGGUGAUUACGUUGUUUCAAGCGAAAACCAACUAACAAGCAUUGCACAAAGAGUAUGCUAUGAGCAAGAUACAUCUACAAGUAGACGUGCCAUCCUAGCAGAGUUGUCAAAACUAAAUGGCCUUACAAUGGCACACCGCCAUGAGGUAGCAUACAAAAUUGUUUCAGACAACAUAAAAGUUGACAUUAUUUUUAGCUUGCUCGGGGAAGAGCGAGCACUCUGGGUUUGUAGCAUACUGUUGCCUAAUUUAAAUGUUUAUCAAGGUUGUAAGUAA